AUAUCAGCGCGUGCACGAUGCCGCGAUACGUGCGUUAGUGUAUGUGUGUAUGCGUAUAUAGGGGGGCUAAUGAUCAAGUCAGUGGAAUGGCACGAAUAACAUCGAGUUGGUGUGAAAAAGCGUUUACGGAGGAAGUGUAUGGAGAUUAUUUUCUGAUAUACAUGGAAGAGGACGCAGAAGUAUUAAAGAACCGCCGAGGCAGAUGACGUGGCCCGGCUGUAAUCAGCCGUGGAGCAGUCGCUCUCGAUGUGUUUCGAGAGCGAGAAAGGCGGAGAGAGAUUUUGACGACGAGGAUCGCAUCAUCGUGCCUGUGUAUCGCGAAAAAUAAAUCGUUAUGAUGCGUUACACGAUGCGUGCGAACGUUGUAAUACUGUGAUAAAAGUGUACCAUGACUGUGUCUUACUGUAUUUGGUAACGGAAUAUGUAUAUAUAGAGUAUUGACGGAGAUUUUGAUACGUCAGUUUAUCAAGUUCACUUAUAUUAAUUAAGAAAAUAAUUAGAGCAGAAAAUUAUAAUUUAGAAACUUGGCGAUAUAAAUAAAACAGGACUUUCAAUAGUGAAAGCUGACAGUUUUUAAUAAAUGUCAAAGAGAUAUUACUGCCGAAAUAAAUUAAUCGUACAAAUAUCUCAUUGUUGAUUUAAUUAAAUAAUUAUUUCUCGAUGAGCUAACUAUUAUUGCAAAUAAAAUGUACAAUUUGAAGUCAAAUCUACAGAUUAUGAUAUUAUAUAUCAGUAUUUUGUCAUACAUUUUACAAGCACAAGCAGAAGGCAUUUCAUGUUUCAAAUGUCUCACAGCGUUGACAAGACCAGAAGACACACAUUUGCUUUGUUCCCAUUUUGAUGGGAGUGCCAAAUUUCAGACAUUCUGUCCAACUUCGACACUUUGUAUGAAGAGAACUAUUCAAUAUAAAUCUAAAACAUCUGUAGUUACUACUGUUCAGAGAGACUGCGCCCCACAGAAAUAUACCUCUCGUGUUUAUAAUGAAGCCGAUCAACAGUGGUAUAAAAAGGAAGAGAUUGUAGCAACUGCUUAUGACGAAGGUUGUUUUAUAGGUGAACACAGGGGAGCACCGACCGAUCCACCUGAAUAUUGUUUUUGUAGUUUUCACUUGUGCAAUUCAUCUCCUUUACAAUUUGGGAUAUUUAACAAAAUAUAUGGAAUAAUCCUAGCACUGCUGAUUGUAAGAUUAAUAUAGAAUUUUUCAAUUGA